UACCGGUAUUUGGAAACAAAAUGCAGCAACAACAAUAUACGUGGAUUAACAGCUAUCAUACAAUGUUAAAGUGAUAUACUGUCUUUGCAUUGUUCAUGCAGACAAUGAAAACCAAAUGUAAAGUUUCUAUAAAUACUUAUAUGCGUUUAUUUUAAAAGAUAACGAAGCCUUGAUAUCCACGAGUUUUUUAUGACCUAUUCGUUAACCGAGACCCGCCUAUCAGUCACUCGUGUCCUGGGGCAAGGGGCCGCCGUUAAUGAGCCACCGCGACCGCGGUCCGUCGCACUGUGAGCAACGCUACGUCAGAGGGAGCGGUGGGACGUCUCCAGACUAUAGCCUGCUGCUACCACUAGCGGCGGUGGUUCUUUACUAUCUAGUGACAAAGUAUAAUCGAAUGGAUAAAAAUAAACGAGUGGGUCGCCAAUAAAUGCAAAGUGUACCCUGAUCGGCGACGGCAUCAUCAACCUCCACCCGUGCCUAGACGAUGGAGGCACCCCACGAGCACUGCGCGUCCUGCGUGAACCUGCGGUGCACGACGAAACCCGUAGCGGGCGCUUCCUGUGACCUCACGGCCUGUCCGCUGGCCUGCGGUGCUACGUUCCACUCCUGUAAGAGCGCCGAGCAUCGCCUCCUCUGCCCGCUGGAGAGGGUUCCCUGCCUGAACAGCGGCUUCGGCUGCCCCAUCACCCUGGUGCGCCAGAGGAUGGCCUCCCACCUGGAGGUCUGUCCAGCGGGCCUGGUGUGCUGCACCAUGGAGUGGAACAGGUGGCCGGUCAGUAGUCUGGACUACACCUCUCAGCUGAGCCGCUGCAGCAGCAGUGGGGGUGGUGUGGAGGAGCCGGAGCAGCUGGACAUGGCGCUCGCCCUGCAGGACCAGCGCAUGCUGCUCGAGUCCCUGAAGGUGGUUGCCAUGGCGCCCACGAGGUGGGAGCCGGCUGUUGCCAGGACUAAAGUGCGCGGGGCUGUGCGUAUGGAUCUGCCAGAAUCAGCCCCUGAGGCGUCGGCCUCGUCCUCCUGCGAAAGUGUGCAUCGGCCCUCGCCGGGCUUGGCUCCGCCUCUUCCGCCCGGCUCAGCCAAGGAGAGGAUAGCCAAUGGGAUCGACGGUUUAACUGAUGAGCACUAUGGUCGGCUCUACGAGGCCACGCUGGAGACCGCCAGGAGCCUGGCGGCCGCUCUAGACGUGUUCCGCGCCGCCAACGCCCUCGAGUGCGGAGGAGGGGCGGGGGGCCAGAGAGGGGAGAGCGACGCCAGGGGAGGAAAGCUAACCAACGGGCUCGACGUGGCCGAAGAGGCCAGCGCCGUCGACGGCGAGCAAGAGCGCUGCCGUUGUCACGGCUGUCUGACCACCAGCGCUUGUCAUCUUGGAACGCAGUUGCCAGGUGAGCCGUCGCCGGGGACGACAGGCUCCACAGCACGCCGCGGCCAGGACCAGGAAGACCCAAACACGGUCCCCCCUCCCCCACAGGGGAAUCCUAAGGAGCCGUGCGUAGCGCCGUACGACCGGCCCCACGUGGUCCCGGGCAUUGCACAGAGGGCUGGUCACGUGAUCCUGGAGGACAGGGGGCUGGCUGUCUUGGACGCCAGGGGAACUGAACACCGCCCCAACAAACCCCCGGGGUUUCGACAUGUCGUAGGGCCGCUUGCAUCGGCCGCCGGCCGGAGGGGCCCCCUCCCUGACCGAUCCCAUCCCACCUCGCCCCCCUCGUUGGAGGACCGUUCGGUGGACACGUCAGACCUUGAGCAGGGGGCGGUCGAAUCGACGGGCCUGGGGGAGAUGGACCCAGUGGCAGCCGCCCUCCUCUUCUGCCUGGAGGAGUCCAGGGAGUGCCGGCGGAUAUCGGACAAGGUGCGCGUGGACGGACGCCGCGUGGACGUCGGCACGCAGACCUUCACCUUCCCGGCGGCCAUUUUGGUCACCAACACCAGAGUGGGCGAAAUGGCCUCGGCCUCCGCGUGCGACCAUGCCGCGCACCAGCUGUCGUGCCCCAGCCCCCUGCGCACACUCCGCCUGGGCCUGGCCCUGGAGAGCCUGGAGGUGGAGGUCCCCCACGGGCGCUUCCUCCCGUUCCAGCCCCCCUACCAGCACACCUUCUCCUUCCUGUGCGGCCAGGCCUUCCGCAGGGACCAGUUCUCCUGGCACUCGGCAAACGUCCACGCAGACAUCCACGCCGGCCUCAGCGGCUGGAUGGAGCACCGCUGCCCCCUGGCGUACUACGGGUGCACCUUCUCCCAGCGCAGGCUGGGCCCCGCCGGCCAGGAGGGCCGGGGGGCAGCCAGGGUGGUCCACGACGGGAGGCUGCAGUCCUUCGGCGUGCGGCCAUGCCCCGGCACUCCCCUUCUCCACGAUGGCCCGCGGUCGGACCAGCUCACAGGACUUCCCAUGGAGAUCCUGUGGCACAUCGCCGGAUUCCUGGACAGCUUCAGUCUGUGCCAGAUGUCUGUGGUGUCCCGUGGCAUGAGGGACGUGUGUUCCAGUCUGCUCCAGACCAGGGGCGUGGUGGACCUGCAGUGGGAGAGGAGGCUGGGCCCCCAAGGCACCGUCUGCUGGCACGUUAAAAACAAAGUGUGGAGAUUCAGCACGGCCUUCAGCGCCGUCACCAAGUGGCGCUUCAGCGACCUGCCCAGCAUGUCGGACCACCUCAGGGAAUGCCGCUUCAACACGCCGGAGCCCCAGACCGAGCCCGUGCCUCUACCGGCCAUGUGCACGGCGCGCGACCGGCAAUCCCUCCGGCGCCUGCUUCGCCCCGUGACCCAAUGCCACCACGUCACGUGUCCGUCGCCACACGCUUUAUGAACACAACGUGGCUUUAAUACUUCACCGUCUAGUUUUUUUUUUUUUUUUUGCACAACAUGAAUCACAGAAUGUGUCUUAUUCAGGAGCUGCAGGAGACGACUGCCUUAAUAAAUUGAAGUAAACGGUGAUCGUAACCUGAUCACACACUGGCAAAUGGGAAACAUGCAUUAGGGAACGUUCGGCCAGAUCACCCAUGACGACUGGAUCAUAGUUACCCAGAUGAAUCUCGGGUGUUUUCUACAACUACCUGGUAGCUAGGCUGAGAUGAGAACACUGAAGCUAUGCUCGCACUUUAAAAACCUCCCGUCACUCCCUCCCUCUUCCAAAAAAAUCGAAUGGUUAUAUUAAUGUGCUUCACCUGGAAACACACCAGCAAAACGGAUGCCGGAUUUAAUUCAAUGUUUUAUUAAAGGUACAUUUCUGAGUUACACUGGUUUCUUAAUUGUGUAUAUAUAUAUGCUCUCACCUGCCUUGCCAGUUUUUUUUUAUCUAGCUUUCAAAUGUUUGAGCCAAUGCCUUGGUAUAGAUUUUGCCAUUGUUUCUCAUUAUUCAUAAUGUCCACUUAGUGGAGACAAAUGCUUGUUUUGACAAGAGCAAGUACAUGAGUAAUAAUUAUCUUGCACCAUUCAGGCUCCUCUCAAUAGACACUCAGCAGCUGACCUAAUGUCCCGAAUCUACAUCGGGUGAUACUUGUUGAUUUUCUUUUUGGGUACAGCUUUCUCUGCAUUUUCUGACAUAACCAACAGGGAUUGAAUUUUCAUGAAAUGCCGUUUGUCAUAAAGUAAAAGCAGUGGCUUUAAAUUGGGACAGAUUGUCAUUUAUGUGGAUAGCAUAACCGAAAGAAACAUUGAGUCGGUUUAAUUUAGAAUAAUAAAACUUUCUGAGUCACCAAAAAUAAGAGAACAGUAAUGAAUCAUAGCGUUGGUUUAUUGAGCACAAUUGUUUUUUUUAAGAAAAUUAAAACCUUCCUUUGGAUUUCUUUUCAAAGCUACCGCUACUGUGAACGUUACAGUAUUUUGAAAAAAUAUAUAUAAAUCAAAAUAGUACCCCAUGUACACUACAUUUAUUCAAUUAAGAGUUGCUCAGCUUCUUCAAGGGCUUUUUCCAUUUCCAGAACCUGUAGGGAAAAGUCCUCUCUUUCCUGCAUGACAUGUUCUCCUUCUCCAUGUAGAUCUGCUAUGGCCGUUUGGAAUACCUAAACAUAGUUUAAAGGGAUACAUGUUAGUAACGUCAGCUAACAGUUAAAAAAAAACAAAACUGCUGAUAGGGAUAAAAUAAAUACCCCAAUCAGCUGGCAAAUGUUAUUUGAGAAAAAAAAAUUAGAAGAAUGCCUGGUAUGAUCCAACAGAUUCCCUUACUUUUAGUUGUUCAAGUUGCUUUGUGCCGAUAUCGGUGAAGUUCCCGAGUUCUUUUAUAAGGUCUCUGGAUAUGUUCUGAAAUUCAGAUCAUGCAUGACAACUCCUUCCUAGUAUUGGAAAUUCGUGUAGCAGAAUUGCAUAAACAGAUAUUCAUGUCAAGCCAGCGGCAAAAUAAAUCAGAGUAAAUUAAUAAAUACCUACCAACACUUCUUUUCCCUGAUUUUUAGAAGGUUGGGCAAUGGCAUCACCUGAAACUAAAACAUUCGCCCCGUUAUUCAUGGCCAUUUAAAAACAGCAAUAAUUUAGUUGGCUAUAUUGUUUCAAGUCCAAGCUCAUGUUCAUGUACCUGGGUCUAUCUUUCCAGCCACUAGGAGAACGUGACAGUCAUUAAGGCGUUUCUGGAUAUCUGCAUUUUCCUUCUCCAGGUCUUUGAACUGCAGUCCCAGCUCAGUAACUUUUUGCUGCAAAAAACAACAACACUGAAGUUAAGCAAUGCCUCUGGUAUGGGUUGACAUUUAGACAACUUUAAUGGAAGAAUGAUUGUAUUUUUUCAUUGUAGAUUGGCAAGUAUAUCAAUCAGGACCUACAAAUGACACUGAUUAAAUUAAUACCUUUUUGACUGUUUGCACAAAAAUGCAAUACAAAUUAUCGAAAAUAGGUACAUUGAGCUAGAGAAGAUAUAUUUAGUUUGUGAAGACCUGGAAGGGUGAAAAUAUUUACCUGGGACUCCGUGAGACUGUUCUGCAGCUGCUCAUUCGAAACCAACAAAAGCUGGUUCUGGUCCUUCAGCUCUGCCUGCUGCCCAUAUCUAGUGGACGCUCUAUCAAAGAGUAGGCAAUGUAAAGUCAUUCUACAUGAUGUUCAUGAUAACGUUUAAU